AGUAAUGGCGGUGCUUAGCGACUUAUAGUGGGACUGCGGCGGGCAUUCUGACACUGGGGGAAACUGACAUCCCCAGUGACACCAAUACAGUGAUCAGUGCUAAUAAAAAGCACUGACACUGUACUAAUGGCACUGGGCAGGAAGGGGUUAACAUGUGGGGCGAUCAAAGGGUUAACUGUGUGCUGUUUUACUAGGGGCUGUGUGUUAGUGCUUCACUGUAAGUGCAGCGCUUCACAGUGCCGUGGUAGUUCAUUGAGCACUACAAGCUGACAGCUGCUAAGGAUGUUGGUAUUUGUAGUCUAUCAUUCACAGAUGACUGUGAAUGAGUGAUGCAGUCCUGGGGGUGGAGA